GGAGGCAGCCGGCCCUCCCUGCCCGCCGGGCACACACACAGUUAACUCCCGGCGCUGCUGUUUGGAUAACAGGCACUGGGAGCCUUGGAGCCGCACAUCUGGCUGGGCUCCGCUCCUUGCGCGUCGGUCCCGCUCACUCCGGCUCUUCCUUCACUUUCGAGAAACCCGUUUCCGCUUCUGGCCCAGAGACCUUGGAGCCCAGGAGAUCGAGGUGCCGCCGGGGCGGCCGCUGCCUGCACCGCCCCCCCUUUCCACGCCUUCUCCCCGAGGACUUCUUCCCUCUUCCCGGCUCUCUCCUCGGACAAGUCUGUUCUUCCCCCGACUGCCCGGGAGGCUCCGCUGCCCGGAGAUGCUCUAAGAGGCGGCGCUGGGAGCGGAGGCCGCGGGAGGACGCGGCAGCAGAGCGCGGCGGGACCAUGGGCUCCCUCGGCCCCGGACACGUGGUGGCGUGCUGCCUGCUGCUGGCCUUCGCCUGUGGUCCGGUGCUGGGCCGCGUGCCACCUGACCCAGAGGAGCAGCAGGAGCAGGAGGGCACCGAGGAGCCUCUGCUGGACCAUGCUGAGAGGGCCGAGGACAAGCAUGGCAAGUACAGCCCCCGGGAGGACGAGGAGCCCCCGGCCUCCCGGUGCUAUCGCUGCUGCGACCCCGGCGCCCCCCUGUACCCCACUGUCCCGGUGCCACAGAUCAACAUCACCAUCCUGAAAGGGGAGAAGGGCGACCGGGGGUACCGGGGCAUGCAGGGAAAAUACGGCAAGACGGGCGCGGCGGGCGCCCGGGGCCACGCGGGCCCCAAGGGGCAGAAGGGCUCCAUGGGCGCCCCGGGCGACCGGUGCAAGAACCACUACGCGGCCUUCUCCGUGGGCAGGAAGAAGCCGCUGCACAGCAACGACUACUACCAGACGGUCAUCUUCGACACGGAGUUCGUGAACCUGUACGGCCACUUCAACAUGUUCACGGGCAAGUUCUACUGCUACGUGCCAGGCGUCUACUUCUUCAGCCUCAACGUGCACACGUGGAACCAGAAGGAGACGUACCUGCACGUCAUGCGCAACGCGGAGGAGGUGGUGAUCCUGUACGCACAGGUCAGCGACCGCAGCAUCAUGCAGAGCCAGAGCCUCAUGCUGGCGCUGCGCGAGCAGGACGAGGUGUGGGUGCGCCUCUUCAAGGGCGAGCGCGAGAACGCCGUCUUCAGCGACGAGUUCGACACCUACAUCACCUUCAGCGGCUACCUGGUCAAGCCCGAGGCCGAGCCCUAGCGCCGGCCCCGCUGCCCUGCGGCCGCCCGCCCUGAGGCCGACCUCCCCGCCCACCCCACGCCACCCCGCGGUCCGCACAGUCCGCCUGCCCCCGGCAGCUCCUCCCCACGCUGGAUCCCCGGGUCCCCGCGUCCCCGCUUUGGCGUCCACACGAGGCCCUGCACGGGAAAGGGAGGGGCAGACGGCCGUGCGGGCCCAGCCUCGCUGUCUCCGGACGUAAAAUCGUGGGGCCGGCCACCGCUCUCCGCUGUGGACGUGUCCUUAAGUGACCCGCACGGGGUCCCAGAGGAAGUCACCCCUCCUCCUGUAGCUCCAAGUAAUUAUGCAAAUCUGGAAAGCUGAGCCAGCCGGGAACCGCAGGGCAGGAAGGCGGUGCUGUCUUCCCGCAGCCACCCGCCCCCAGGGGUCGUUUUCUCUCCUCUCAACAGGAGUCAGAGAGUGGCCACACCGGGCUCCAUUCUUUAAGGCUGCGUAGGAGCCUUCCCACGGGCCAGCUGGACCAUGUCCGCCUCCUGGGGACGUCCCGGUGGCCUUGCCCGAGGGUUCAGGGGACUUUCUGAGCCGCAACAGUGAGGGGGGUCAGGCUGGGGAAGCCAAUGUCAGCUUUGCAGAGGGACAGCCGGCCUGGCCUGGGGCUCUGUGCUGGGGAUUCGGCUCGCUCGCUGUCGCCCACGGCCCGGCAGCGGGGCACCUCAGGGCCCCAGACCUGCAGAUGUUUCUCUGAGGAGCAAAGCUCAGGACCCCCGACGCAGACGGUGCGGCCUGGCCUGGCCCCGCUCCACUCCCCACCCUCCAGCCUGGGCAGGGCCUCCAUGCCCGUCUGGCCAUCACCUUCUGACCCUCCUCUCAGGCAGCCACCAGGGGCGCAGCGGGCCUCUGAUCGGCUCACAUCACAUCGGAGUGGGAGGAGCUGGGAGGGCUCAGGCCCCGCCUGAUUCGGGCUUCUCAGGGGGAAGGCAUGUCCCACCCGCUGGGGUCAGACCCCCUCUGGUGGGUGUGGGGCGCCCGGGGGCUGCCGCCGAGAUCGGUGCUCUGGCCUGUGGCUAACUGUGGCCGGUAGCCUUCCCCCCACAGCCUUCCCCGUCUGUGAAUGCCCUCCACUGGUCACUGCACUCCUCCCUUCACCAUCUGGGGCCCAUGGGGCCCAUGGGGCCCGGGGCCCACACGUCCCCACAAAGGAGUUCUGCUGGUCAGAUGCUGACUCCGUUCCUCCAGGGCAUGCCCCGGGCAGGGUGUCCCCGAGCAG